GAAAUAUACCCUGCAUAGACCUCCAGAGGGCGGUAAACAGAAAAAAUGGCGGAGAUUGAAGUUAAAAAGCUGAAGAUUGCAGAGCUACGGAAAGAGCUCACCGACAGGGGCCUUAGCUCAAAGGGUAACAAGGCUGAACUGGUGGAAAGGUUAACAGAGUGUCUUGAAGUUGAUGGUGCUGAAGCUGUCUUAGACAAUGAACUACAAGUAGAUCCAGAUGUCCUUACAGCAGAAGAUGACGUGGACGACUUAUUAAAUCAGGAUGAGGACCUUGAUGCUGGAGAUAUAGGGGAAGAAGAAGAAGCUGUUGUCACAAGAAAAGUAGAGUUAGAAAUAGAAGAGGAGGAGGAAGAGGUGGAAAGGGAGGUCAAAGCACCUGAAAUCAAGAAGGUUGUCUCACCUACUGCUAAACCAAUAUCAGAUGUCGAGAAAAAGGCUUUACGAGCUCAGAAGUUUGGAGUUGCAGCUUCACUAUCAGAUGCAGACAAGAAGAAAGCAAGAGCAGAAAGAUUUGGAAUGCAAGCACCGGGAUCACAAGCCAAGCCAACAGCCACAGUAACACCAACUUCAAAAGGAAUAUCAAUGUCUGUAAAUUCUGAUAAACUGAAACAGAGAGCAGAACGCUUUGGAAAAUCAGUGUCUCCAACAGCAAUGAAGUCAGAGGAAGCAGAGAGGAUACGGAAAAGAAAAGAAAGAUUUGGAGCGGUGACCAUCUCGGCACCAGGUUCAAAAGCAAAGAUCAGUGCUGUUGGGAGUGAUGAUGUAGAGGCCAAGAAGCGGAAGAGAGCAGAGAGGUUUGGGAUGGCAUAACAGAACUGCAUCAAGUAUUCAGCAUUCUUUGUUACCAUGUUCCUUUCAACGUGUCCUAUCGUUUGUACAGCAUCGUGUAGAUCUUUCUUCCACCUCCUUCGUCCCUUGGCGAAACCAACAUACCUAUUCAGAACUAACAGAUCUUCCGGCUCGGGUCAUAAUGGUCUGUAGUUGGUCUCACGUCAAUCCUGCCAUUGCAAUUAAGGUAUUUAUGUGGAAUUCUACAUGAAAACUUCUGGACCACGCUGAUAGUGUUGCGGUUGAAAAGGGCAUUGGUGUUCUUGAAACCCAUUACGAUAUGAGUUCCUCAAAAGCAGAGUGCAGCUGAAAUUUAAGGUGAUAAUACCUGUGUUGACACGCUGACUUAAUGCAAGGUGCGAAUGGUCAUUAGGAGCCAUGAGAAUCUGAAAUGUUUCAUCUGUACAUACAAUUAGCUAAUCUGCCUAUUUCACGUUUUGAUGAAACGAUUGCCCUUGAUGAAUUAUUUUUUUGUAGACAUCUCUCAAAAGAUGCCACCCCCCCAUAAAACUGUGGUUUAACUAUGGAAAGCCAAUUGUAACUCUAACACUAGGGGUUCCAUUUAUCAAGUUAGUAGACAUUCAAAUCAUUCAUAGUUGUCAGGUGAUAAUAAGUAUAAAUGUUUCUUCACCAUUAAAACAUGAGGAAAGAGCACUGUUAACAUUUGAAACAUGCAAUGUAAACAAAAUGGUGAUGUAUUCAGCACCCCAUAAUUUCUUCACAGAGUGAUGUGUUUCAUGAAAUGCUUUCCAGGGGGAUGUUUCACAAAGACUUAAGUAUGACUUAUAUCACACUUAAGUGCUGACGCGUAUCUGAAAUGCAACGCCCAAUCUAAUUGAUCAAUACGCAGUAGUGCGCGCCCUCUUUGCAUGAUCUGACCUAUGCUGUCUUGCCUUUUAAAAUGCACACAACUAGGCAUUAAGUGCGACUCUAAGUCAUACUUACAUCUUUGUGAAACACCCCCCAGAAUACAGGCCAUGGUAUUCUUAUAUUAGUGCAGUCCAGUUGACGGAUAGGUACAGGAGUGCCAUGUUACAGACACCUCCGUGGCCCGAAAGACAAAGCUUAGCAAUAUCAAUCGUAGGACGUUUUCCACGAUUGAUUGCAUCGAUUACAAUGUACAAUCAAUCAUAAAAAUCUACUGUACAAUUAAUCACUUACCUUUGUGUUACUGGACCCUGAUGAUUUCAGUCAAUCAUUACUUACACUUUGAAAUGCACAGUAAUCAAAUAGUUCUUGUAUUUAUUAGGCACAUUUAACAUCAAGUUACAUACAUGUACAUCACACAUUUUACAAAACAGAAGAAAUGCACUAGUGUCCUGUCAGUUACAUUCACACAAAGUGUUUGUUUGUUUUUUUACUUUCUAACCAUCCAAUAGGAUUUGGUAGAGUCAUUGUGUAUAAAUAGUAACUGAAUGUUUAAUGUGCUUGAUAAGCUUGGAAAGAACUGUUUGAAUACUGUGCUUUUUACAGUAUGAUGGCUCAAAUGACAUACCCACAAGCUGGCAUUGCCUAGCUCUAAACAUUUGCUUUGGGGGAAUAUUAUUAUAUUAUUUCCAUUCUAGUUCCUUUACUUCAAAAGAUAGUGUUUAUUUCAGUGUUGUUGUUUUCCUGGAGGAACACUCAUCCAAUUUGGAUAAUUGACUUGUAAUAGAACACCUGUUGUGGGAAUUAGAUUCUUUUUAGAUUUCAUUGUAA